GUUCAAGAGUAAAAUAACCGGUAUAUAAGCUCUUGAGUUGGACUAACUAAUCGAUUGGAUUCAAUCUUUUAAUGUGGUUCAACCCAAGUGUCUUAUUGCCCAAUCCAAUUGUCCAUACCCAUCCUAAAUUCUAUCAUGGUAUCAGAGCCAGUUUUAGCCCACCUCGUUUGUCAAGGUGUCCGUCUAGACGUUCAUUCCUAGCGGCCCGUUAGUCUUUAGCCCAGUUGUCCGUAUGGAUGUUGUACCCAACGGCCUGUGGCCUGUUUAACACGAUUGCUCGUCUGGAAGUCCAUACCCAGCGGCUCGUGGUCCAGUAAAAUAACCGGUAUAUAAGCUCUUGAGUUGGACUAACUAAUCGAUUGGAUUCAAUCUUUUAAUGUGGUUCAACCCAAGUGUCUUAUUGCCCAAUCCAAUUGUCCAUACCCAUCCUAAAUUCUAUCGUAUAUACUCCGGUCACUUCUCCUACGAACAAAAAUCUCCGUUUUCUCAAGAGGAUGAAUCCAAGGAAGAAAGGUGGGAUUUGUGAGUGGGGGAGAAGAGCUGCCGGGAAAUGUUGGCCGGCGGCGUUGUUUCUGGUGGCAGCUCUUUCAUUAGUUUUCGCCGGCUCAAAAACUCCCGUCUGGCGGUUCGCUUCAAAUAAUUCUCCUUUGCGACACGGCGGCGUUGGUGGCGGAGGCGCCGCUGUUUUGAAUGUGUCGUCGACGACCACUGCCCUAUUGGAAGAAAACGUCGGUCAAAAUAUUUCAACCGCAUCUAAUAAAUUCGGCAUCGCGGGUCCCAAAAAUGCUAGAAACAGUACUAGACGUCGCAGCAAGCUAGAGAUUUUGGAAGCUGGGCUCGCUCGAUCUCGAGCUUUAAUCAUGAGAGGAUCAAACCGAACAUCAAAAGACGAAGAUGACGACGAUGAGUUCAUACCCGAAGGUCCAAUGUAUAGAAAUGCUUCUUCUUUUCACAGGAGCUACAUGGAAAUGGAGAAGAAAUUAAAAGUGUACGUGUACAAGGAAGGGGAGCCACCAGUGUUCCAUUUUGGGCCAUGCAAGCACACCUACGCCAUCGAAGGUUACUUCAUCCAAGCAAUGGACGUGAGCCCAUUUCGAACCUAUGACCCGGACGAGGCCCAUCUCUUCUUCCUCCCCUUCAGCGUCACCAUGCUGACGGAGGUGGUGUACAUUCGCGACUCCCAUGACUGGUCCCUCAUGAAGAACGCCGCCUUCGAUUACGUCAACGUUGUCGCCGGAAAACACCCCUUCUGGAACCGCAGCCGCGGGGCCGACCAUUUCAUGCUUGCCUGUCACGACUGGGGGCCGGAAAUUUCGUUUGCGGUGCCGAACUUGCACAACAACUCCAUUCGCGCGUUGUGCAAUGCCAACACCUCGGAGAGGUUUGACCCGGAGAGGGACGUCUCCAUUCCAGAAAUUCAUCUUCCUUUGGGAACGACGACGGGCCUGCUCGGCGGUCCGCCGCCUUCUAGUAGGUCGGUGUUGGUUUUUUAUUCUGGAGGCCUCCACGGCCCCAUCAGGCCGAUCCUGAUGGAGCACUGGGGGAACAACGAAGACAAAGACGUUCAGAUCCAUAGCUACCUCCCAAAGGGCCAAUCGUAUUACGACAUGAUGCGCAAAAGCAUGUAUUGCAUUUGCCCAAGUGGGUAUGAGGUUGCGAGCCCGAGAAUGGUGGAGGCAUUAUACACGGGAUGCGUCCCUGUGUUGAUCAAAGAAGGGUACGUCGUACCCUUCAGUGAUGUGUUGAAUGUGAAGACGUUCGCGGUGAUUCUCAAGACGAAGGACAUCCCAAACUUGAAGAAGAUAUUGUCUAGCAUUCCGGAGAAGAAGUAUUUGAGGAUGCAGAAGAGGGGGAUUAUGGUGAGGAAACAUUUUGAGAUUAAUAAUCCGCCAAAACGUUUUGAUGUCUUUCACAUGAUUCUUCACUCUAUUUGGCUUAGAAGACUCAACUUUCGCCUUCGUGACAAUCUUGAUCAUGAUAAUCUGUUGAAGGCCCGAGAUCUAGACCACGUGAGAUGCGUGAAGGACAGCGAUGGUAGAGUGUUAGUUGAGACUGUCAAGGUGGCUAAGCGCUGGGGGGAGUACUUUAGUGAACUCUUAAAUGCGGGAGGAGACCAGAGGCUAGUUUUUGAUGAGUUGGGACAUCCUGGGGCAUCUCGUGUGUAUUGCCGGCGCAUUUGCUUGGAAGAGGUGGUUCGGGCUCUCCGCGUGAUGCGUAAUGGGAGAGCUGUGGGACCAGAUGAGAUUCCAGUGGAGUUUUGGAAGCAUGCGGGUCGUGAUGCGUGGGUUUGGUUAACCAAACUCUUCAAUGUUAUCCUCCGGACAGCAUGGAUGCCUGAUGAGUGGAGGGAGAGUCUCUUGGUCCCUCUGUUUAAAGGCAAAGGUGACAUUCAGAGCUGCGAGAAUUACAGAGGCAUCAAACUGCUUAGCCACACCAUGAAGGUUUGGGAGCGAGUUAUCGAGUAUAGGGUGCGGAAAGAGUGCAUGCUUUUCGCGGAUGAUAUUGUGCUUAUCGACGACACGCGUGAGGGACUAAACGAUAAGUUGGAAUCAUGGCGCCUUGCCCUUGAGACUAAAGGAUUCAGAAUAAGUAGGAACAAGACUGAAUACAUGGAAUAUCGUUUCAGUGGCCGGGAUACAGAAUCAGAGGUGGAAGUCAAGAUUGACUCUCACCUAGUACCUAAGGUAGACAGGUUUCGUUAUCUUGGCUCAGUAAUUCAGGCGGAUGGGGAGUUAGAUGCGGAUGUUGGACAUCGGGUUGGAGUGGCUUGGGCCAAAUGGCGGUUAGCUUCAGGGGUGUUGUGUGAUCUGAAGAUUUCGCCUAGAAUGAAAGGUAAGUUCUAUCGAUCCGUAGUCAGACCUGCUAUGUUAUAUGGGGCAGAGUGUUGGGCGGUUAAGAAGACUCAUGUGCGUCGUCUGCAUGCAGCGGAGAUGCGGAUGUUACGAUGGAUGUGCGGGAAGACAAGGUUGGAUAGGAUUUCGAAUGAGGUUAUCCGACGUCAAGUAGGUAUGGCACCGGUGGAAGACAAGUUGCGGGAAGCGAGGUUGAGGUGGCUUGGCCAUGUGAGACGGCGGGAUGCUGACGCCCCUGUACGGAGAUGCGAGAGGAUUACAGUUAUCGGGGGAAGUAGGGGAAGAGGUAGACCUAAGAAGAAUUGGGAGGAGGUGAUAAGACAGGAUUUAGGACUUCUCGACCUGACUGAGGAUAUGGCCCUAGACAGGAACUUUUGGAGAACUAGGAUUAGAGUAGCUGGAUAGGAGCUCGGUGUUGUAGAGGUUGUUUUGUAGUGUGUUAUAUUUGUUGGGAAUCUUUUGCUAUUGUUUGUACUUGUUGCUUGUACUUGGUGCCUUAUCUGUGCUAUACUGUGUUCUCUUCCAUAUUUUUGUGCAGGUGGAGCCGGGGGUCUCUUGGAAACAGCCUCCCUACUUCCGAGUAGGGGCAAGGUCUGCGUA